GGAGUGAGUGAUUGACUUUAUCAGUCCAAGGACAUCAUUCGCCUGGAGAGGGGGGGAAAGUUUGAUCCUCUUUCUCAAGGAUCUGUUGCAGGAGUUUUUUUUCUCCCCCGGUUACUGUGACAAGGAUUGGUAUUCAAGUUAUUUUCGUUCUUUUUACAUUCUGCAUUUAAAUUCUGACCUAAACCAAACAAAAGUGAAUUACAAUUCUGCGUUGUUUAACAGAACGUCGCGUGCCUGGGUUUAUUGUUAUUUAUCCUUUUCCCUCGUUUUACUUCGUCAAUUGAUUCCAAUGACUAUGCUUCUUGACAGCGGUCCUCAAUUCUCGGCUCUAGGAGUUGGGGGCUUCGGAACGCCAAGACACCAUGAUAUAGGGAACAGAGACUCAGCUCUAGGGCUCAAUCCCUUCGGAGAUUCACCCCAUUCCGCAGCUUUCAAACUUAGCCCCGUAACUCACGAUCUAGCUUCCAGCCAAACCUCCGCGUUCACCCCACAAGCCUCCGGAUACGCAGCUGCCCUCGGACACCACCACGGCGGGCAGGUGGGUUCGUACGGCGGGGGAGCGUUCAAUUCAACUCGGGACUUUUUGUUCAGAAACCGAGGCGCAGGCAUUGGUGAAUCCGCAGCUGCGAGCGCUCAGCAUGGGAUCUUUAGUGCUUCGGCAGGGAGUCUGCAUGGACCCCCUGGAAUCUCGGAAAAUCCGGGACAUCUCUUGUUUCCCGGGUUACAUGAGCAGACCGUGAGCCACACUUCUCCAAGUGGACAUGUAGUCAACAGUCAAAUGCAUCUGGGUUUACGCGGGGACAUUUUCGGAAGACCUGAUCCUUACCGCCCGGUUGCCAGCCCCAGGACGGAUCCAUACGGCACUGCCCAGCUGCACAACUACAACCAUCCGAUCAACAUGAACAUGGGGAUGAACGUACCAACACACCAUGGUCCGGGAGCUUUCUUUAGAUAUAUGAGGCAGCCCAUUAAACAAGAAAUGUCAUGCAAGUGGAUAGAUGAGAACCAGAUGAACAGACCCAAAAAGACUUGCGACAGGACUUUCAGUACAAUGCACGAGAUGGUGACACACGUCUCAAUGGAACACGUUGGCGGUCCCGAACAAAGUAACCACAUUUGCUUCUGGGAGGACUGUCCCCGAGAAGGGAAAUCUUUUAAGGCCAAAUACAAACUCGUGAACCAUAUCAGAGUGCAUACUGGGGAGAAACCGUUCCCCUGCCCCUUCCCUGGCUGUGGAAAAAUAUUUGCCAGAUCGGAAAAUUUAAAAAUUCACAAAAGAACCCAUACAGGUGAAAAGCCGUUUAAGUGUGAAUUCGAUGGCUGCGACAGACGCUUUGCAAACAGCAGCGACAGAAAAAAGCACAUGCACGUGCACACGUCGGACAAGCCGUACAUCUGCAAAGUGUGCGACAAGUCCUACACACAUCCAAGCUCUCUCAGGAAACACAUGAAGGUGCACGAGUCUCAAGGUUCAGAGUCUUCUCCAGCUGCAAGUUCUGGAUAUGAGUCGUCCACACCACCAGCUCUAGUGUCAACCAACACUGAAGACCCGACAAAAACACCCCCAUCAGCCGUGCAAAACACUUCAGCACACAGUGACGGACUUCCGCCCAACUUUAAUGAAUGGUACGUUUGAAACUGAGAAAACAGGGUUCUCAAUGUGGACCAAAAGGUUAAGGAACCUUUAAAAACCACUCACAUCAAGGUGUACAUAAUGGGAUUGGAAAACAUUUUUGAGGAGAUGAGAUAGCAGGUCCGCUAGCCAACCGCAGGCCUCCUCCAUUCUCAGGAUUCUAAAUUUGACUUUUAUUCCAAGUUUGAACAAAACAUAAAUAAUAAAAUCGUUCUUUCUAAAAAUUUAAAAGGCUUUUUCCCUUGGUAGUUUUCAAAUUUCAGAUAAUUAUUUUAUUUUUCAUUUUAUGUUUUUCACAAAUUUUUUAUUUAAAAAUAAUGGGAAAGGGAAGAAUCUUUCACGGUCUUUUAUAUUAGGGUGAUGCUUAUGUCGCCUUUGAAUUGAUUGUUAAACCUUCAAACAGUCUUAAGAAACGUGCCAAAGUCUUGUCUUGAACUUGAACAAAAAAAGAAUAAAUAAUAAAUAAAUAUAUACUCGUGAAUGUAUUUUCCUUGUUUGAUGGGGUCGAAUUUGUUGUCAAAGUCCGUUUUCAGGUGGAGAAAUGUGGUAUUAGAUUACGAUUGUUACCGUUGCAUAUACCGUUGCCUUUUGUUAAUAAUUAUGUAAAUACAUAUCCAUGAUGCCAUAUUUAUCAAUUUGUAAUUUAAUUGCCAGAGUAAGUUCCGAAACUGAAAUGCUAUUUAUGGAAAUGUUUUCUAACAAGACGAUGUACAGUUUUGGGUCAUAACCAGCUUAACAUUAUAAAUGAUCAAAUUUCAAACUCACAUAUUACGAUUGUAUCUUUUUUAAAUAAAUGUGUCUUAUUUAGAUCUCAAAAAUAGCAAUUAUAUAAAUAUUAUGGAUUGACAUUUGUCCAUAUAAUGCUGUUUUGUUUUUGUUUUUCCCAUCGACACUGUUUUAUCUUGUGAGGCCACUGAUAUACCUGUAUAACAGAUUAUGUAAAGCUGAUAUGAUCUAGUGGGAUGGCGAACUGUCAUGUACACAUUCUUUUCUGUCAAUGUCCUUCUCACUUUAGUCAAAUUAUUAUUAUUUUUAUGUAAUUUACUUUAGUUUACUUUUGGCAUCAGAGUGUAGGCUUCAUUUGUACAAACAUCACUCCAUUACGCGCGUUUAAAAGACUCCCUUAGCAGCCAUGUAUACACAUUGCCCCGUUGCACUCUGAUAAAAUUAUCCUAUAUGUUAUGCAGUUAAGUGCAUAUAGUUCCCAGCCGUAAAUUCUAAACAAGGGCGACAGCAAAAUGAGUAUUUGGGGUCAAAUACCCAAACGCACCAGUGAAUAUGGUCGUCUAUUAUUUAUGGUCCCACGCCACCCAUGUCUUUGUAGAUGCAAGUAAGUGUUUCAAUGUAUGCAUCAUCGACAAUAAACUGUCACGGCACAGUAACUUUAAAAUAAUAAAAAAAGUUUUGUCUGUCAGCUUGCAUUGUUUUAAAUGUAGUUCUUAUGUAAAAACUGAGGGUGUAAUUUGUGUUUAAGUAAUGUGGUGUUACAAAUAGAACGGGUUUAUUACACAUUUGCUUGUUUUAUGUGAAUAAGCUUUCAAAAACGUGUUUGUAUAAACCAUACCUAGUCUGAAGAAUAAUAGAUAUGUCGGAUGAGGGAAAAUGUGUUAACGUGGCACAAAGAGUUACAACAUUGCAUUGUAACCUAUUUUUACAAAUUGAAUCUUAUGCAUAUACAAAAUAUAUUGUGCUUAUGAAAAUGAUUUCAAACCACCAGCACUACUUUCAAAAAAGAAAGAGUACCUCGUAUGUGACAGCGAUAUAUUAAAUCUUAUUUAAAUGAUUUACUGAAUAUAUGUUUUAUAUACUAUUUUCUAUACCUUAAUUUAAAAAUAAAUAAACUUUAUUUUAACCGCCUGGACAUCCCAUGCCCUGGAGUCGUGUCAGAAUGUAUUUCUGAUGUAUAAAAGGAACUAGAAUGUGAUGUUGUAACACUUUUGGAGGAAAUGGGUCACGCGCGAAGAUAUUCCUGAAGAGCAAACAUUUGACUGAUGAACUGUGUCACUGUGCCACAUUCGAGGCAAAUGAUAAUACUACGCUUAUUCGGAAUUAAAUAAAAGGAGACUGAGGUUCCUUGUA